AUGGCGAGCGGAAAACUGUUUCGGACUAUUAUCAUGGGAGCACCCGGUUCGGGAAAAGGAACUGUGUCCGGACGAAUUGUUAAAAGCUUUAAUUUAAAGCACAUCUCAAGCGGUGAUUUGUUGCGAUCCAACAUUGAAAAACGCACAGAACUUGGACUGAUCGCCGAAAAGUACAUCCGAGAGGGCAAAUUGGUGCCAGAUAUUUACAUAACCAGGUGUAUAUUGAGCGAACUCGAUCAAAUCCAGGCGCAUUCGUGGCUGCUGGACGGGUUCCCUAGGACCCGCGAGCAGGCGGAAGAUCUGUGGAAGCAGGAGCAAAUAGACACAGUCAUUAAUUUAGACGUGCCUUUCGAGGUGAUCAUCGACCGAAUACGAAGCCGUUGGGUGCACUUACCAAGUGGACGGGUGUACAAUGUUGGAUUCAACGAUCCCAAGACGCCGGGUCGUGAUGAUGAGACUGGCGAGCCACUCAGUCAACGGCCUGAUGAUAAUCCGGUUGCCGUGAGAAAGCGGCUGGAGGUUUACGACGCGUGCACGCGUCCAAUAAACGCGUAUUUCAAUGAAAAAGGCGUGUUGGCGACAUUCAAAGGAAGUACUACCGACGAAAUAUGGCCUCAUGUAAAACAAUAUCUUGAGGCAAAGCUGAAGUAG